AUUUAGUUGUACUUUUAAGAACAAACAUUGAAUUUGAAACAGAUAAUAAAAUAGAAGAAGCAAAGAAAAGAAUGGACUUAGAUGUAAUAAUGGACAAAGAUGAUAUAGAUAAUUUACAAUCAAGGAAAAAAAAAGAACUUAUCUAUUAUAGAAGAAAAAUUUGA